AUGCUGCUUUUGCUGCUCUCAGCUCUGGUCCUGAUGAGUCUGGUUUUGCUGACGUCCCUGUGUCUGCGCUGUGGCCGGAAGUCCAUGGUCUCGAUCCGUCAGUCCCGGCCCUCUGAGGACACCUACAUCCCAUCGACACAGUUCCUGGUCAACAGCCACAUGCAGUGUUCUCGAGACCAGAACUAUGUCCAUCCUGCUUCCAACCUCCUGUCUCCUCUUUUUUCAGCAGAUGGCAAUCAGAGACCAGGUCGUCCUUCCUCAACCCCCACAGAGACAGAGAGCAACAACAGCUACGAAAAUGCAGAGUCGUGUGUGUGCGAGGACCACCCAGACUCCGGAUACGUUGAAGUCCUCCCAGAAACAGCGCCCCCAGAGGGCUCCGACUCAGAGGUCAACAACGACUACGAGAACACGGAAGAGGAAGAACCCAACUAUGUGAAUGUGGAAACUGACCAAUCCCAGGUCUAUGCACUGUCAUGUGACCAGCUGCUGACCAAUUAUUGCCCAGAUUCUGACUCAAGUGAGGACGAGGACGAAGAUGACGAUGAAGAUGACGAUGAAGCGGACUAUGUGAACCAGCCGUGGUGA